CAUGGGUUCCUCUUGACUCUCUCAACGCGCUUCUCCUCGUGUCAUGAUUUUUCCUCUCAGGGCUGUCCAUUCUUCUAUCUCACGGCGGGGUCCUGCCUCUUGUUUAUCGUCCUUUAUCGCAAGGUGAAUCUCCAUCCAUCGAGCAAUCAGUCGACUUUUCACCUCUUCGACACUAAACAACCAUUGACAAGGAUAAUUAUUACUGCGACCUCCUUGUCUAUUCCUAUUUCUUUUUCUUCCGCGUUUUCCCCCGCAGCAACCUCGAUCUGAGGAUAUUGAGUUGCUCAGCUGUCGCUCAAUAUGAAGGCCACUCCGUUGCUCAUCGCAUGGCACAAUGACAAUGCGCCCAUCUACUCAGUUCAUUUUGAGCCCAAUGGCAAAGGCCGUCUAGCAACGGCUGGAAAUGACAAUAACGUCCGAUUAUGGAAAGUGGAUUCGAACAAGGAGGAGCGAAAGGUCACCUACCUGAGCACGCUCGUAAAGCACACCCAGGCCGUCAAUGUGAUCCGGUUCAGUCCGAAAGGCGAGAUGCUGGCAUCUGCCGGAGACGAUGGAAAUGUCCUUCUCUGGGUACCGUCGGAGCUGCAGACACAAGGUGGGCUUGGAGAGGAUCGAUCGGACGACAAGGAAACCUGGCGCGUGAAGCAUAUGUGUCGGUCGUCGGGGGCAGAGAUUUAUGAUUUGGCUUGGUCGCCUGAUGGUGUAUUUAUUAUCACGGGGAGCAUGGAUAAUAUCGCCCGGAUCUAUAAUGCGCAAACUGGACAAAUGGUGCGGCAGAUCGCAGAGCAUUCGCAUUAUGUUCAAGGUGUUGCGUGGGACCCUCUCAAUGAAUUCGUGGCUACGCAGUCGUCGGAUCGAUCCGUCCAUAUUUACAGCCUCAAAACGAAGGACGGUCAGUUCACGCUUACUUCGCAUGGCAAGUUCUUGAAGAUGGAUCUGCCAACCAAGCGCAUUCCAUCGAGCAGUCCGGCUCCAGAGCCCACGAGCAAGCCUGCGCCUACCAGUUCUGCAGCUAUUACCUCCCCAGCUCCGUCAACGCCUGGGACUCCAAUGGCUUCGAAUUUACCAAUGGAUCCCCCGCCUGUGUCGCAUAGCCGCCGGUCAUCGUUUGGCUCUUCUCCGUCGUUUCGUCGGUCAGCAUCGCCUGCCGCAUCAUCCUUACCACUGCCUGCGGUUAAACCGCUCGAGGCCGCGUCUCCUAGCAUCAACACCUUAGGAAUCAAGAACGCCAAUCUAUAUGCCAACGAGACUUUCACAUCCUUUUUCAGACGAUUGACUUUUACUCCCGAUGGAAGCCUCCUGCUAACACCAGCGGGACAAUAUAAGACGUCGCACGUAUCUCCUACCGAUCCCUCAAAGACUACGGACGAUAUAAUCAACACGGUCUAUGUCUACACGCGCGGGGGGUUCAACAAACCGCCUAUUACGCAUCUUCCGGGCCAUAAAAAGCCCUCCGUGGCAGUCAAAUGCUCCCCUAUACUCUAUACCCUGAGACAAACACCUCAGCCUUCCAAGCAUAUCACCUUGGAUACCUCGUCUGGAGACGACGCAUUCGCUUCUCUUCCUGAGCCGGUUGUCGCCGCAGAUUCUGCAGAUAAGCAAUCUAUGGAGCCACCGUCAAAUACCAAAAAAGCAGAGGGCGAAGGCACUCCCGGCAGCCCAAGCCCAGUGUUUUCAUUGCCAUAUCGGGUUGUGUAUGCUGUAGCCACACAAGAUGCCGUUCUGGUAUAUGAUACUCAACAGCAAACGCCGAUAUGCGUGGUCAGCAACCUGCAUUUCGCAACCUUUACCGAUUUGACAUGGUCGGGUGAUGGUCUAACACUGGUCAUGAGCUCGUCUGAUGGGUUCUGCUCCACUCUUUCUUUUGCACCCGGGGAACUGGGACAAACGUAUACAGCCACGACGGCAUCUCAGCCUGUUACUUCGAGUACAACACCCAACCCUCUACCAACACAAACACAUGCAGCUUCGCCCGCUGCUGCAACAACUCAACUCAGCUCGGUCCAGGUUAUCAUUCCCCCAGCUAGUCCGGCACGUUCCAACUCCGCCACCCCAGCAUCAUCCGCUUCCGUGAUCAACAAUCCUACACCAACACUCGGGUCCGUCCCUUCGGUGACAGCAACUCACUCUGCACAACCACCUACUCUUCCUCUAACCACACCUCCGCAAACACCAUCCUCUGUCUCGCAGAGCGGAUCAAACACCACUACUACAGCAAACAACACCGUCCUCGGCAAGAGAGAGGAGAGUCAAGAUCAACAACAACAGGAGCAACAACCAAAGAAGAGGCGGAUAGCACCGACUCUCGUUUCCACCGAUAGUCCCGAGGGUGGUAGUGGUUCAGCUCCAGCUCCUUGAUGGUUCUUAGGUUAGGUUAUCGAUAACAUAGAUUUGAUUGUUUGCUUGUGCUUAUUAAUAUCCCUUUGUUAACUAUGCAUAUCUCUUCUCUGUUUAGGUUACGAAUGGGUUGAUAUGAAUUGAAUCGGAUGAAUUUAAGACCUGCUUGCUUUAUGCUUAUUUCGUUGUUGUAUGAUUUUCUUGACUCGAUCAAAUCCGAUUGAAGAUUCGAUACAAUCAAUCCAUGUCGAGGCUCACGCUCUGCUACAUGUCUUCUAGGGUUCUGUUCGAGGCAGCACAUAACAUGCUUAGCAGAAUAUAGAAUAUAAUCCACAUAGGGCAAGCUAAUUAGUGAUGCAAGAAUUGUACAUACAUGCAAGUCACUCGAGCAAACCACUGUUAGAAACUGCCGC